AUGAAUAUUGUCAGUUNAAAUGAACAUAUUAAAACAACAUAUGAAUAUGAACAAAUACCAUUUUUAGCUAUAUCACGUGCAUUAGGAGAUUUAUGGAGUUUAAAUAAACAUACAAAUCUUUAUUCUGUUUCACCUAAACCUGAAUUAACUGAUGAUGAUGAUCGACCAUUUAGUAAUCCAUCACAUGAGCUCGUACAAAAAGCAUUAGUGUCAUGGCGAGAAAGAAUGUUACGUGCUGAUAAUAUAACCUGUAUUACAGUCAUGCUUGAUCCACCUGGACCACCAUUUAGUGAAUAUUCAGUUUGUUCCGAUGGUACAGUUGAAGUAGAUCAAGCACCAUCAUUACUUACAAGUGAAACACCUCAAAGACCUAAACUUGCUGCACAACGUAAAGAACAUAUUCUUACACCAAUUUCAAAUGGAUCGACAUUUGUGCGGACUCCAAAACGUCCUGCAUCAGGUGACAUAACUGAAAUGCUUGACGAUACACCACGUCGUAAAUUAAUAAAAAUCAAUCAACAAAAGGAAAAUAAUACAACAUCUCCUUUAAGAAACGAAAUUGAACUUCCACUCGUUCCUUCAACAAAUAAUGAAGAAGAUGAUCAAAAAUUUUUACCUUUAACUCAGCAAACACAAACAUUAUCAACUUUUGAUGAUGAUUUAGCACGAAAAGUUGAACAAUGUUUUCGUAAUCAUACUAAAGAACAACAACCUGUUGUUGAUAUGAUGGAAAUCGAUGAAUUAAAUCAAAUAAGUAGUAAUAAUAAUAAACAAAAAUCUUCUACACGUCGUCGUUCUCAUUUUCGAUUUUCAUUUUCAAAUAAUCAUAAUUCACCUGAACAAGAACAAGAAGAAAAAGACGAAACAAAUUCCAAAAGAAAAUCUCGUUUAUUUCGAACGCAUUCAGCUUCGAUAAUAAAUACUAAUGAAAAUGAAAAUGAAAAUAAUAUUCAUUCAUCACGUCGACGAAAAUCUUAUAGUACUACUGGAUAA